UCCCACACUACAGCAUGAGUGUAACGGGUGGAGGCCGAGAGGUGACCAAUAAUGUCCCAGAGCUGUUUACCUGCGCCACAGCUCGAGCGGCGAUUGGUCCAUUGGCUGUCCCACCAUGCGGUGACGUCAGGAUUAGCGCUGCUGGUGAGGUUGCCAAGUAUAGAUUCCGUACGAGAGCGCUCCGAGUAGUAGAGACCGACAGACACGGACACUGGACACGGCCGUUGGACCCUACCGACUGUUACAUUUCAGGAAUGGGAAACCAUAUUGUUUCGGACCGUAACACCAAGAAGAUGCCACUGGGUGACGAUUGCCAUGCCUGGAAAAAGAAGACCACAGACGUGAAGGAUCAGUUUGACUUCAAAGAGAUCCUGGGAACGGGAGCUUUCUCUGAGGUGGUCCUGGCUGAGGAGAAGAGGACCCAGAGAUUGGUGGCUAUCAAGUGUAUCCCCAAGAAAGCUUUGGAGGGCAAAGAAAACAGCAUUGAGAAUGAGAUUGCAGUCCUGCACAAGCUUAAACACACCAACAUCGUAUCUCUGGAAGAGAUAUUUGAAAGUAAAUCACACCUCUACCUGGUCAUGCAACUGGUGUCUGGCGGGGAACUCUUUGAUCGUAUCAUAGAGAAGGGCUUCUACACGGAGAAAGAUGCCAGUAAGCUCAUUCAGCAGAUUCUAGAUGCCGUCAAAUACCUCCACGACAUGGGCAUUGUGCACCGUGACCUCAAGCCAGAGAAUCUGCUGUACUACAGCAUGGAAGAAGACUCCAAGAUCAUGAUCAGUGAUUUCGGUCUGUCUAAAAUUGAGGGCUCUGACAGUGUGAUGUCGACAGCUUGUGGAACACCUGGAUAUGUUGCCCCUGAAGUGUUGGCUCAGAAACCCUACAGUAAAGCAGUGGACUGCUGGUCUAUUGGUGUCAUAGCCUAUAUUCUGUUGUGUGGUUACCCUCCGUUCUACGACGAGAAUGACUCCAAACUGUUUGAACAGAUCCUGAAGGCAGAAUACGAGUUUGAUUCUCCUUACUGGGAUGAUAUCUCUGAUUCAGCUAAAGACUUUAUAGUCCACCUGAUGCAGAAAGACCCCAACACACGAUACACCUGUGAUCAGGCUCUGCAGCACCCCUGGAUUGCUGGGGAUACUGCUUUGGAAAAGAACAUCCACGAGUCUGUCAGUGCUCAGAUCAAGAAGAAUUUUGCUAAGAGCAAGUGGAAGCAAGCAUUCAACGCCACAGCAGUGGUCCGUCACAUGAGGCGUCUCCAGCUGGGCACCAGUAACGAGGGACCCAACCCCACUCUGCCAGAGGAAGAUGCAGAGGCUUGCGAGGGAGGGUGCUCCCAGAACGUCGAUGGCGGAGCUGAACCCAGGUCCAACUGCACCUUUCGCUGCCACCCGACCAGCAGGGUGUGAUCCCUGCACCUGCUCCACUUACUUGCCUGAUCAACCCCAGCGACUUUCCAAUUUGAACCCCCUCGGUGGAACUGGUGACACCAUCUCCCCCCUUAUCUGGUUAGGAAUACAGCGUAAUUCCAACCUUACGCCUGCAGGGGGGGGGGCAAGCCUGUCCAGCCUGAGAGGGAAGACCUGAAAUGGGAUUAAAGGAGGAGGAGUAGGGAGACUUGAGGAUAAUAAUGCACCAAAGGAUUACUUUUACAGACUGGGCUGGUAGUUUGGGAUAAGAUGAAAUGGGGAGAAGAUACAUUGGAAGGAGCAUGUCAGGGGGAUUGUUUUUGCAGAAGCAGGACAGAACUUGUUGGACAGUGUUUUUACUCAUGAUUUUUGCUUCAACUUGUCUCUCUGUUUGUUUUAUUGUUUUAUAUAUUUCUCUGUUGUCUUUUUAACCUCCUGCUGUGGAGUGCAAACCCAGAGACAAUAUCUGCAUGAUCAGGAGAGAGUUCCCCCCUCGCAUGUUUUGCUAUCUUAGAAAUAUAUCUUGUUGCAGAAAUGCAGUAUCGCAGUACAAUGCAAACAAUGGAGUGUUGUAUGCAAAGUUGUUUAAGGAGGAAAAGCAUAGAGCAUUUUGCUAUGUUGCAGUAUUUGAAAUGAAAUUGAGUCAAAUCUUCUGCAUUCUAUGUCUUUUAAGUCGUGCUUUUAGACAAUCAGUACAGAAUAGUUUAUGCAAUGAAAAAUCCAUCUAUCUACUAUAGCCUUUCUUGAGGCAAUGUAGUGUUUCCAUGCAGCAAUUCGGAUUUUUUAAAGGCUUCUCUUUUCUUGACCCAGAACCCCUUUAACCACUCGCACAGGGAUAUAUCUUUCUCUAAGGUGCCUUUAGGAUGAUGAGUUUAACUUUGGGUGGCAUCUGAAAUUCUUUGUCUGUUUCUUGAAGCACAGACUUUUGUAUGCAUCACAUUUUAUGCUUUGAAAUUGAAUUCAUUCUUUUUGUCUCAAAUUUGAGUAUUGUAAUCUCAGAUGGCAGGCCUGCGUACAUACUGUACACUGCCAUUAUUGUCUAAGGGAAAAUAACAUCAAUAUGAAACAAUCAUAUUGUCGAAACAUUUCUGGCAAGCUUCUUUUUUUUUUUAAAUCCCUUAAAUAGAUGUUUUUCAGAAAUAUUUAUAUUUUGCCAACUCCCUUAAUGAUGCAGAUUAAAGUACUGUGUUCAUUUAUAUCAGUACAAAUCCUAUGGUACAUUUUGUGCAAAAAAAAUUGUUUUUUCAAAAGUGAUCAGUGUGCUUAGUCAUACUCAAGACUAGGCUGCCUUUGAAGGAUUAAGUAGGCUGUGUCAAAGCAAAAAGUCUAAACAAAAACUGCAACCAAAAUUGAAUAUGCAUCUGUCACUGUAAGUGUACCAUCCCUCUCUUCUUAUAUUCUUUUACCGGCACAUUUCCUCCACAUGCAGCCUGUUUAGAAAGGAAAUCUGGAUUAAAGAAUGUGAAUAUGCAUCAGAUUGACUUACUUCAUCUUUACUGUCCAUCAUCUGUGUUUUUUAUGUUUGUAUGUGCAUGAAGAGUACGUACUCUGUAUUCAUUUUAUUCAUCCUCCUCUUUUCUUUUCUUUUUUUUUUUUUUUUUAAACUUGCAUAGACAAACUUAUAGCAGUGUUGGCUCUUUUACAAUUUCAUUUGUUCAGAGGAAAAUGGUGUUGGGUAUCAGAUGUAGAGGAGCUAAAUGUACAUUUGUUCGAAUCCUCUGUUCUUUAUUUUGGGGCCUGAUACAGUCAGGAGCUGAGGGACUGUCCUGCUGAGAUCUUCCACCAACAUGAGCUUCAUCCAUCCCCUGAUCGCUCCGUCCUGUCCUUGACAGGAUCGCAGUUUCAUUUGAACCGUUUCAUUCUCUCUCUGACACUUAUAGACAUUUGGUACCGAUGUGAUUUGCAUGAUGUGGCUUGAACUUGUCAAUACCAUGAUCAAGAAUGAAUAGUGUGUACACUACUAGUACAGAUGUAACAGUUGCCAUGAGAUGAGAGCUUUGAAAAGGACAUAUUUUUGUCAAGUUUUACACUUUUAACAAGUUCAGAAUUAUCUUCAAAAGUUUGUCAAGCAGAUGAGUAAAGAGCAACACAAGUUGUAUUAAUGUUUCAAAAAGGUCAAAACAAGUUCAAUGUGCUGCUUAAAAAAAAGUUCUGGCUUUCUCCUGCAUUAAUAUUGGAUCGACGUUGUCAUGUAUUUGGACGGUAAUGUAACUGGUGACUCCGAACUGUAAAGCAUAGUUAAAAGAGUGAUUUACUCCUCUGGGAUGUUCAGUGUGAAUUGUUUGUACUUCAUAAAUUACUGUGACAGAGGAAGACCCAAACCAGCACAGUAAAGCUGAGUCAUGGAUGUGGUUGUUGUCUUUGAUAAGUUGGCAGACUUUGAUAAGUCUGCCAACUUAUCAAAGUUGGCAGACUGACAAUAUCACAAUUGAUCUCCUUCAUAAUAAAACAAUUCUGCUCAUUUUGACAUAUAGCCACAAACACUGUCAUUAAUUCCCAGCAGUGCGAUUUAGCUUCUGUAAUUUACCUGCUAAUGAUUAUUAAUUUUAUCAAUUAUAAAGAUUUACAUGCUUCAGCUCCUUUUGGUUCAGCAUACUCAAUCCCAAGAGUACUGAAAUUUAAAUGGUUCUCAACAAACCCUGAACCAAAAAUGAAUUUUAAAGAAUAAUCCACUGAUUUGUGUUAAGAUUUCUCCUUUGAUCGCUCACUAACCGCUUGUAAUGAAAGACCAAUGUGUGAUAAGAUUUGUUGUAUGAGGAUUUGUACCAUUAAUAUGUUGCCUUUAAGAAAUGCUGUUUGGGGCUACAGUAACCUGUAUACGCAGAUGCAAUGCAUCAUGGGUUGUUGAAAAGUGACUACUGCUCAGUGUGAAAGCCAGUGACUUGUGCUUAAAACUGAUUUGUAAGUGAAACAUGCAUUAAAAUACCUGUCUAUGCAUUAUGAA